AUGGACAGAUGCAGAGCUCCGUGCUACGAGUACCCGUCGUGCCCCGACGUGCUGAAAGCCCCGCGGGAGGAGGUCGCCUACGUGACCUGCACCUACAGGAGCACCGGCAUCGAGCAGCCCGAUUUCCUGGCCACCGUGGACCUCAACCCGCGCUCCUGCCACUACGGCCAGGUGAUCCACCGGCUGCCCAUGCCCAACCUCAAGGACGAGCUGCACUGCGCGGGCUGGGGCCCCGCCUGCGGCUGCUUCGACGGCGGCGCCGCGGCCAAAAGGACCAAGCUGGUGCUGCCGUGCCUCAUCUCCUCCCGCAUCUACGUGGUGGAUGUGGGCUCCCAGUGCCGGGCGCCGCGGAUCUGCAAGAUGAUCGAGCCCGUGGAUGUGUUCUGGAAGUGCAACAAGGGCUACCUGUCCGUCACCCACCCCCUGCCCAACGGCGACGUCCUGGUGGCCAACAUGGGCGACGCCGCUGGCCACGGCAAAGGUGGCUUCGUGGUGCUGGACGGAGAGACCUUCGAGCUGAAGGGCAACUGGGAGAACGAGUGUGAGGCUCCCCCGACCGGGCACGACUUCUGGUACCAGGCCCGGCACAACGUCCUGGUCAGCUCGGCCGGGAUGGUGCCCAGAGUGGCCGGGCGCGGCUUCAACCCCGAUGACCUCAAGAAAGGGGUCUUCGGCCGCCGCCUGAACGUGUGGAACCUGUCGUGCCGCAGCCUGACGCAGUGCUUCGACCUGGGCGAGGAUUCCCUGCCCAUGACCGUGCGCUUCCUGCACAACCCCGAGGCCGCCGAGGGCUACGUGGGCUGUGCCCUGAGCGGGGCCAUUUUCCGCUUCUACAAAUCCUGCGAGAGAGACAACUGGGCCGUGGAGGAGGUGAUCCGGAUCCCGGCCAAGGACGUGUCGGGCUGGAUCAUGCCCAAGAUGCCGGCCUUCAUCGUGGACCUCGUCAUCAGCCAGGACGACCGGUUCCUGUACGUGUGCAAUUGGCUGCACGGGGACAUCCGGCAGUACGAGCUGUCGCGGAGCUGCAAGCCGCGGCUGGUGGGGCAGGUGUUCGUGGGGGGCAGCAUCCUGCGAGGGGGCCCCGUGACCGUGUGCAGGGACGAGGAGCUCAAGUGCCAGCCCGAGCCGCUGGUGGUCAAGUGUAAGCGCGUGUACGGCGGCCCCGCCGCGCUGCAGCUGAGCCUGGACGGGAAGCGGCUCUACGUGACCAAUUCCUUCUACAGCACCUGGGACCGGCAGUUCUACCCCAGCCUGAUCAAGGAGGGCUCGGUGAUGCUGCAGCUCGACGUGGACACGGACAAGGGCGGCCUGAGCGUCAACAAGAACUUCCUGGUGGAUUUCGGCAAGGAGCCCAACGGGCCGUGCCUGGCGCACCAGAUCCGCCUCCCUGGCGGCGAUGCCAAAUCCGUGACCCUGCCCUGA